GUCACCGCGGAUUUGUUCGCCGGCUCAGUCGCGUUCGGCGCGUCGUACGAGCAAGUGUGUUCUCGUUUGUUCUCACCCCAUUUCCAACUUCCUUUACAUAGCAUUUUCCCAACUCUUUUUUCCAUACUCCGUCCACCAUUAUUUCCGUCUCGACAAGGAAUCGUUUCUUGCGUUUCUUUUUAUAUUUCUGACGAAACGGCAGUCCGCGAAAAAAAAAGCGCAAUCAAAAGGAUAAUCAAAAAUGCAUCGAACUUAAAAAACCAGCCCAAGGAUUCUCGUUAAAGAGUCGUCGAAAACAGUGUCCGGAAGAAUGUUCGAGGAUCACGACUCUCGGCGGUAAUCACAAAUCCAGUGAAAUCAAUCCGAGGUGAAUCAAGCGGAAAUCGUUCUUGCGCCAGACAAGGUGGGACGAAAUGAAGUCGUCGGACGCUUAGUUACAAAUUCGUGAGAAGCCAUGAAUUUUUUGUGGCCGAAUCACCGAGAAAAAAAAACUUGAGAAUCGCGAAAUAACCGCGGUGAAGACGAACAAAGGACGAAAUGUCCGUGAAAGAAAUCGUGGGUAGAACCGAUGAUAAUCACACAUUUCUGAAAGAGGGAUUAACUUUGAAUUUUACGGAGGAUUAUCUGAAUAUCACGCUGCUAGAUGCGAACGCGACGAAGAUCGACUCUUUCUACUUCUACAAGACGGAACAAUUCACGGUCUUGUGGCUGCUGUUCGCGAUGAUAGUCGUGGGUAAUAUCGCGGUCUUAAUUGGCCUCCAAUGGGGCAAACGGCGUAAGACUCGGAUGGAUUUUUUUAUCAAACAAUUAGCGUUUGCUGAUUUAUUGGUGGGCUUGAUAUCCGUGCUAACAGAUAUAAUUUGGAAAACGACGGUGUCUUGGCAUGCGGGUAACGUUGCUUGCAAGCUGAUAAGGUUCAUGCAAGCUGUCGUUACGUACAGUUCGACAUAUGUGCUCGUCGCUUUGUCAAUCGACAGAUACGACGCCAUUACGAGACCUAUGAAUUUCACUGGCAGAUGGUGGAGAGCCAGAGCCUUGGUGAUCAGUGCCUGGGGAUUAUCGGCAUUGUUUAGCGCGCCGAUCAUUUUCCUCUACGAAGAGAAGCGUGUGCAGGGGAAGACACAAUGCUGGAUAGACCUGGGCUCGCCGACGCAGUGGAGGAUCUACAUGAGCUUGGUCAGCUUCACCCUCUUUAUAGUUCCCACUCUGAUAAUAGGGGGCUGUUAUGCUGUGAUCGUGGCCACUAUAUGGUCGCAAGGGGGGGCAUUACGCCAGGGACCGACUAGGGACACCAGGAGGGUAUCGUCUCGAGGACUUAUCCCUAGAGCCAAAGUUAAGACGGUCAAAAUGACCCUCGUUAUAGUGUUCGUAUUCAUUCUCUGUUGGAGCCCUUAUAUAGUGUUCGAUCUCCUUCAAGUUUUCGGAUAUCUGCCAAAGACCCAAACUGUCGUCGCCGUUGCCACUUUCAUUCAAAGUUUAACGACUUUGAAUUCAGCUGCUAAUCCAAUAAUAUAUUGCCUCUUCAGCACGUCAUUUUGUAAAACUGUAAGAAAUACACAAGUGAUAUCAUGGGUUUCUGGAUGGUGUGCGACGAAUCCACAUCAUUGUUUCGGCACUGGUGCUCCAAACAGUAGCACAAGGACGACAGUGACGACAUCUUUAACGGCUCAAUCUUCGAGAAGAAGCGGUCACAUCGCUAUGUUACAUUCUACAUCUUUAUAUCAGUGCUGUUUAGCCUGCCAUUUUGCAAAUAAAGAAGCUUGCGGUUAACCAAAAGAGAUGCCGAGGAUAAAACUUAUAA